CAAACUAAAACUACAGCUUCAUCAACCACAUCUCCAACAACAAGCAAUCCAACAACAUCCGCAGCUGUAACGUCUGAAUCCACUACUCUUACUACAAUACCUUCAACUUCAGAGAGUACACCAGCACAAACUACAACUACAGCUUCAUCAACCACUUCUCCAACAACAAGCAAUCCAACAACAUCCGCAGCUGUAACGUCUGAAUCCACGACUCUUACUACAAUACCUUCAACUUCAGAGAGCACACCAGCACAAACUAAAACUACAGCUUCAUCAACUGCAUCUCAAACAAUGAGUAAUCCAAUAACAUCAGCAGCUGCAACUUCUAAAACCAUGACUCUUACUACAAUACCUUCAACUUCAGAGAGUACACCAGCACAAACUACAACUACAGCUUCAUCAACCACAUCUCCAACAACAAGCAAUCCAACAACAUCCGCAGCUGUAAUAUCUGAAGCCACGACUCUUACUACAAUACCUUCAACUUCAGAGAGUACACCAGCACAAACCACAACUACAGUUUUAUCAACCACAUCUCCAACAACGAGCAAUCCAACAAAAUCCACAGCUGUAACAUCUGAAUCCACUACUCUUACUACAAUACCUACAAGUACAGAGAGUACACCAGCACAAACUACAAUUACAGCUUCAUCAACCACAUCUCCAACAACAAGCAAUCCAACAACAUCCACAGCUGUAACAUCUGAAUCCACUACUCUUAUUACAAAAUCUUCAACUUCAGAGAGUACACCAGCACAAACUACAAUUACAGCUUCAUCAACCACAUCUCCAACAACAAGCAAUCCAACAACAUCCACAGCUGUAACAUCUGAAUCCACUACUCUUACUACAAUACCUUCAACUUCAGAGAGUACACCAGCACAAACUACAAUUAUAGCUUCAUCAACCACAUCUCCAACAACAAGCAAUUCAAUAACAUCAGCAGCUGCAACUUCUAAAACCAUGACUCUUACUACAAUACCUUCAACUUCAGAGAGUACACCAGCACAAACUACAACUAAAGCUUCAUCAACCACAUCUCCAACAACAAGCAAUCCAACAACAUCCGCAGCUGUAACAUCUGAAGCCACAACUUUUACUACAAUACCUUCAACUUCACAGAGUACACCAGCACAAACCACAACUACAGCUUCAUCAACUGCAUUUCAAACAAUGAGUAAUCCAACAACAUCAGCAGCUGCAACUUCUAAAACCAUGACUCUUACUACACUACUUUCAACUUCAGAGAGUACACCAGCACAAACUACAAUUACAGCUUCAUCAUCGACAUCUCCAAUAACGAGCAAUCCAACAACAUCCACAGCUGUAACAUCUGAAGCCACAACUCUUACUACAAUACCUACAAGUUCAGAGAGUACACCAGCACAAACCACAAUUACAGCUUCAUCAAGCACAUCUCCAACAACGAGCAAUCCAACAACAUCCACAGCUGUAACAUCUAAAGCCACAACUCUUACUACAAUACUUUCAUCUUCACAGAGUUCACCAGCACAAACUACAACUACAGCUUCAUCAACUGCAUCUCAAACAACGAGUAAUCCAACAACAUCAGUAGCUGCAACUUCUGAUCCUACUACUCUUUCUGCAACAACAAUGCUUACAACUUCAGAGAGUACACCAGUACAAACUACAACUACAGCUUCAUCAACCACAUCUCCAACAACAAGCAAUCCAACAGCAUCCGCAGCUGUAACAUCUGAAGUCACAACUCUUACUACAAUACAUUCAACUUCAGAGAGUACACCAGCACAAACCACAACUACACCUUCAUCAACCAUAUCUCCAACAACGAGCAAACAAACAACUUCCGCAGCUGUAACAUCUGAAGCCACGACUCUUACUACAAUACCUUCAACUUCAGAGAGUACACCAGCACAAACCACAACUACAGCUUCAUCAACCACAUCUCCAACAACAAGCAAACAAACAACAUGGUACAACAGCAAGAGCCACAACUACAGCUUCAUCAACUGCUUCUACAACACUGAGAAAUCCAACAACAUCAGCAGCUGUAACUUCUGA